AUGGGUGAGUGGCAUGAUUGGCAAUCUCUUCUCCAAUCCAUCUUCCUCGGUCUCAUUUUCUCUUACUUCCUCGCUAAACUCAUAUCCAUCGUCGUUUCAUUCAACAACGAAAACCUAACAAUCACCCGCAACACUAACCCUACCACCACCGCCGAUGACGCUUCCAAACACGACGACGCUGUUUCAGACACCGGCCACCGCAUCGAAGCUGAACGUGAGUCGGUCAUGGCUGAGCAAGGUAGCGUCAGAAACGAAAGCGUUGACGGUGGCGACGAUGACUAUGAUGACGACGAUUGGGAAGGUGUCGAGAGUACUGAGUUGGAUGAAGCUUUCAGUGCCGCUACUGCUUUUGUUGCUGCCGCCGCCGCCGAUCGUUUAUCUCAGAAGGUUUCGAAUGAUAUUCAGCUUCAGCUUUAUGGAUUGUAUAAAAUUGCCACUGAAGGUCCGUGUAGUACGCCUCAGCCUUCUCCCCUCAAAAUGACAGCUCGUUCCAAAUGGCAAGCGUGGCAGAAAUUGGGUGCUAUGCCUCCGGAAGAUGCAAUGCAGAAGUAUAUUGAUAUUGUGUCUGAGCUAUAUCCUACUUGGCUUGAUGGUGCACCUUUGAGAAGCAAAACCGGUGAUAGUGGUGGCCCUAGUUCAGAGGCUCGGGGACCAAUGGGACCAGUAUUCAGCUCUUUUGUUUAUGAAGAGCAAUGUAGCGGUGAAUCGAAAAUGGAUGCCAUUCACGGAUUUGCUAGAGAGGGAGAUAUGACCAAUCUACUCAAGUGUGUUGAAAGUGGCGUUUCAGUGAAUUUGAAGGACAGUGAAGGCCGGACACCAUUACACUGGGCUGUGGAUCGUGGCCACCUUGAUGUCACAGAGCUUCUGCUCGGUAGGAAUGCCGAUGUAAAUGCCAAGGAUAAUGAUGGACAAACUCCACUGCACUACGCGGUAACAUGUGAGAGAGAAGCCAUAGCUGAAUACUUAGUGAAACAUAGUGCAGACAUCAAUUCAAAAGACAACGAUGGCAGUUCUUCGCGUGACAUCUGUAGUUCCAAGUGGCCGUUUAUGCAGCAUGAGGGAGAAGCAAAAUGA